AUGGUUGGAGCAUAUUUUAUCGUCAUGCUGGCAUUCCAGAAAUUCCGUCCGAACACAGAACGCAUGGAAAUGGCUCACUUCAAAUGUUGCCAAACCGCCUUUUUCUCUCUAAGCUUCGGCUAUUUUCCAACUGUGAAACAAACGCUUUCAGUCCUACGUCCAUGCCACAAGGACCUUGAUGUGUUCUACAUGCCAUCCUCUCGUUGGAUAGAAUGUACCUCUUACGCCUACCACAGUCUGAUUACACUAGGAAUUGUUUCUAUCGUGGUCUAUGUAAUUGGAUUUCCCUCAAUGGUCAUCUCUCUGAUGUUACAUUUCUAUCCGAGGAGAAGCUCUAUGAGCCCUGAAGAUCGCAAGAAACUUGACGUAUGUCUUGGGCCGAUCUACUUACCCUACAAACCUACAAACCAGGCCUUUUUCGAAGUUGUCAUGCUCUUACGUCGCCUGAUCCUCGCCAUCACCCUGUCCUUGAUCCCAUACAAUACAAUACAAUAA